CCAACGCGUGUAAACAGAAGACACUUUGUGCGUGGAGACUCCAGGAACAAAACUCGCUUGGAUUACUUCUGUGUUUUGCUAUAAGAUUGCUGGUAUGGAUAAAAAGUCCUCAGAGCAAGGGUCAGUCUCCAUCCCCAUAGAGGAGACCAAAAGGUCAGGAGAAGCCCCUCCGGAUGCCGCCAACCAGACCCCCAUGGAGAACCCUAUUACAGAGGCCCAGAGGAUUUCGCACCUGCCCCAGCGCUCGGCUGUAGACCUGGAAUUCACUGGGCUUUCCUACACUGUCCGUGAGGGCCCUCGCUGGAGGAGGAGAGGAUCCAAGGAGCUCCUGAAGUGUUUGUCGGGGAAGUUUUGCAGUGGGGAGCUCAUCGGGAUUAUGGGGCCUUCGGGGUCCGGCAAGUCCACCCUUAUGAAUGUUCUUGCUGGGUACAGAGAGACUGGCAUGGAGGGUCAGAUCCUGGUAAACGGGCGACCGCGUGAGCUCGGCACCUUCAGGAAGAUGUCCUGUUACAUAAUGCAGGAUGACAUGCUGCUACCACACCUCACCGCACUGGAGGCCAUGAUGGUUUCAGCCAACCUUAAGCUAAAGGAGACCAUGGAAGUGAAGAAGGAACUGGUGAAUGAGAUCCUCACCGCUCUAGGCCUGCAGGAGUGCGCACACACUCGCACACAAGCUCUCUCCGGGGGUCAACGUAAACGAUUGGCUAUUGCACUGGAGCUGGUCAACAACCCACCUGUCAUGUUUUUAGAUGAGCCUACCAGUGGUCUAGACAGCGCAUCCUGUUAUCAGGUGGUUUCUCUAUUGAGGUCUCUUGCUCUGGGUGGAAGAACCAUAAUUUGUACUAUCCACCAGCCCAGUGCUAAAGUCUUUGAAAUGAUUGACAAGCUGUAUGUUCUGAGUCAGGGGCAGUGCAUAUAUAAGGGUACCAUUCCAUAUCUCAUCCCCUAUCUGAAGAACCUUGGUCUCCACUGCCCUACUUAUCACAAUCCUGCAGACUUCAUAAUCGAGGUGGCAUCAGGAGAGUAUGGUGAUUGGAAUCCUGUGCUCUUCGAGGCAGAGCAGCGCGGCAUGUGUUCAGAGGGUGGCUCCAGUGACCAGAGUGAUGCUACAUCAUCUUGCCCAUCUCUGUAUAACAACGAUUCAGGCCACAUUGAACAACACACCUUUGCCACCAGCAUGCUCACACAGUUUAAUAUUCUUUUCAAAAGAACCUUCAUCGCUAUAUAUAGAGACCAGGUACUGACCCACCUGAGGGUGAUAUCGCACUUGUUCAUUGGACUGCUGAUUGGCCUGCUGUACAUGAAUAUCGGCAACGAUGCCAACAAAGCGUUUAACAACACUGGAUUCCUUUUCUGCUCCAUGAUUUUUCUCAUGUUUGCUGCGUUAAUGCCCACCGUCCUCACAUUUCCUCUGGAGUUGCCAGUGCUUAUAAGGGAGCAUCUGAACUACUGGUACAGUUUGAAAGCUUACUACCUAGCUAAGACUAUGGCUGAUGUUCCUUUCCAGGUCAUAUGUCCCAUUAUGUACUGUAGUAUAGUGUACUGGAUAACCGGGCAGCCACCUGAAGGAGAGAGGUUUGUGCUCUUCAUGGCUCUGUCGAUAUGCACUGCCCUGGUCGCUCAGUCUCUGGGUCUCCUUAUUGGAGCUGCCUCUCCUUCCUCGCAGGUGGCCACAUUUAUUGGACCUGUGACGUCCAUUCCGGUCAUGCUAUUCUCUGGCUUCUUUGUCAACUUCGACACCAUCCCAAUUUACCUACAGUGGAUUUCCUAUGUCUCCUAUAUCAGGUAUGGCUUUGAGGGUGUGAUUCUAUCCAUUUAUGGAAUGAACCGGACAGACUUGGAAUGCCCAGAUGUUGUCUGUAAAUUCCAGAAGCCUGAGGAGGUGUUGCAGCUGCUGGACGUCGAGGACGCAGAGCUUUAUGUGGACUUCAUAGUGUUGGGGGUUUUCUUCCUCAUUCUUCGGCUAGUCACUUAUCUAGUACUGCGAUACAAAGUCAUAUCUGAACGUUAGGGCUUGACAUCAACUGUUACAUUUGUUUUAUUGUGGUGUGACCAAGACGUUUUUUCACGAGUUGAGACACACCACUAACAUCGAAGACAUGCUUUCAGAAAUACAGAAUGCGUUAGCAGGCGACGAGGCUACAUCUAAAGGAAAUAGUUUAGAAAAAGUUGUGACUGUACAGGAACGACGUCUGAUGAAGAAAUGUGUAACUGUCUAAGAAUGCGGAGCUCGUACUGUAUGUGAGCGACUAUCUGAUGACCAAUGAAAUGCAGAAACUGCUGGUUAAAGUCAUCGAAAAACAAGAGUCCACGUUGCUUAAGUUUUUAAUUGUUUUAAAAGUUCAGGUGUGUACCUGAUGAGGUAAAGAGACUGGACAAGAUUCUGGAUAUUAUAAGACUUACUAUUAGACACACUGGGACGAGCUUGUGCAAGCAACAUUUUACUUAAACAAAAAUUUUUACCUUUUGUAAGAUUGUUGAUGUUUUGAGUGAAAACUCUUUAAAAAUAAACCUGCAUCAUCUGUG